CACACUUGAGCUUUUGUUGAAACUUCACUUCAUCAUUACUCUAAUGUGUUGUAGUGGCUCAAUACUGGCAGCAGUUUCAUUGGUAGCUGCAAAAAGGGAAGUGUUCAGAAAGUGAGUCAGUGAACGAGCAGUGCCAGAAAGAAAUUCUGAUCAUCAUCAUCAUCAUCAUCAACAACAACACCCAAACCAAAAGAAGCUCUCAUCACAGCAGAGAAAUGACUACAGAUCCUACCGUCCCUUCACGUCCAGCGUGGGAAUACGUGGCUAGAAACGUCAUGCCCAUAGUGUCUGUGGUCGUCUACUCUGUGAUAAUUAUAGUUGGAACUGUAGGCAAUGGUUUAGUCAUCUACGUGACCGGAUACCGAAUGAAAAAAUCUGUCAACUCCAUUUGGUUUUUGAACCUGGCACUGGCUGACUUUAUUUUUACGCUCUUCUUGAUUUUCCCCACCAUCAUUACCUCUCGUCAGAACCAAUGGCCGUUUGGGGGUUUCAUGUGCAAGUUCAACAACUUUGUGGCCGUGAUUAGCAUGUUCUCCAGCAUUUUCCUCCUGAUGGUCAUCAGUCUGGACCGCUGCCUGACUGUCUGGGUGGUGGUGUGGGCACAAAACAAACGCACCAUUAUCAAGGCUCAGGUAACCACGGUUCUUGUCUGGUUGAUUGCUGCCAUCUGCAGCGCCCCUUACGCAAGUUACCGUUCGGUUCUGACACGCGAGGGAAAGGAAUACUGUUCCUAUUCACCAAAGACACCAGUAUGGACUCUAACUAUUUUUCGCUUUUUUGUGGGAUUCUUCAUCCCAUUCUUGGUCAUAUGUGCCUCCAAUGUGGCCAUUUACGUCCGUGCUCGUCGUCUGCAUGGAACAAGAAGUAACAAAUCCAACAGAAUUAUCUUCGCCAUCAUCUUUGCCUUUUUCAUCUGCUGGCUGCCUUUUCAUGUUAUACAAUUGUUAGAAAUAAAGGGUUUAACGGAUAAAUCUUUCUCAAUAUUCGUCCAGCUUGGAGGACCUGCGACUGUGAUGCUGGCUUUCACAAACAGCUGCCUUAAUCCCAUCCUCUACGUCUUCAUGUGUGAUGAAUUCAGGAAGAAGCUGAAGCGUUCCCUGUUCUUGGUCCUGGAGAGUGCGCUGUCAGAAGAACAGCUGCACUCUCGCUCUUUCUCCUCACACUUUUCAAUCACAUCCCGGAGGUCGGAGUUCGCUGCACCUCUGCAGGAAAGGCAAGAGACAAGUACAGAAGUCGAUCUCCUCCCCACUAUAUAACUUCUGAAACCAAACAUUUAAACUUUGCGGUUAGCCGUGAAAACAUGUAUUUUUUCUGUUUGUCACGUCUAUACCUUGUUUUCAAAGCCGGUAUAUAAAACGUUAUACAACUCAAUGUAAUUGUAUAAGUGUAAAUGUAUUAGAUCUCAUCUGUCCGUCGUAUUAGCACAUAUACGAAGCUGACUUUGUAAAUGUCAGCAGCAUCUGUAAUCUUACACAACAAACUUGCAUCACUUCCAACUUCCCAGUUCCUCAAUACUAUUUCUUUUACACAUUUCUGCUAUUAUCUUAAAAGAAUUAUAUUUUCGAUACUCUAGCUUGAUUCGCCUCUCUCUGUAAACCUAAUGAUUUGUAAAACCAAGUAAAAGUGCCUCUUUUAAAACGGAUUUCAACUUUUAUAUUAGGUCAAUAGGUUUAUUUUGAAAAUGGCAAAAAAUAAACGAUGUAUCGACACAGCAUGUUCAGUGCCCCUGGAUAUCAAACAAAAUAAACUUAAGGAUGUCAUUAAAAUUUUCUAAGGUUAAUAUCAGGUACAGUAUCUAUUACUUCUUCUUCUUCACAUUUAAUUAGGUAAACCAUAAGAAAAACAGUGCCUCGUAUUAUAUUUUAGUUUAUCUUUUGCCUUAUCA